GCCACCCGGCGGCCAAUCAGCGGCGGCCCGGUCACGUGUCCCAGCGCGGACCAAUCAGCGCGAGCCUCCCCUCACAGAGAUUUGUAAGAUGGCUACCGCCGAACCGGAAACCAAGCCCAGUCCGCCCCACGCCGAUGAAGACGGAGCCGAGGAUCCUGGGAAGGAGCUCGUGAGCCCAGAGGCCUACGUCAAACAUCCGCUCCAGAACAGAUGGUCUCUGUGGUUCUUCAAGAAUGACAAGAGCAAAACAUGGCAGGCCAACCUGCGCCUCAUCUCUAAAUUUGACACGGUUGAAGACUUCUGGGCCCUCUACAACCACAUUCAGCUGUCGAGCAACCUCAUGUCAGGCUGUGAUUACUCCCUGUUUAAGGACGGCAUUGAACCCAUGUGGGAGGACGAGAGGAACAAGCGUGGCGGACGCUGGCUGAUCACGCUCAACAAGCAGCAGAGGAGAGCCGACCUGGACCGCUUCUGGCUGGAAACCCUCCUGUGUUUAGUCGGAGAGGCCUUUGACGACUUCAGCGACGACGUCUGUGGCGCCGUCGUCAACAUCCGCAACAAAGGGGACAAGAUCGCGGUGUGGACCUCGGACUACGAGAACCGGGAGGCGGUGACACACAUAGGGCGGGUUUACAAGGAGCGCCUGGGCCUUCCCAUGAAGAUGACCAUCGGCUACCAGUCCCACGCUGACACGGCCACCAAGAGCGGCUCCACCACCAAGAACAAGUUUGUAGUGUGAGAAAUGAGCCACCUUUGUUUUUCCUCGUCUUAUCUGUCGGUGCGUACGUUUACUUUGCUGCAAAGACUCUGCGAAACGCAAUCUGGAGGAGGGAAGGAAAGUUCGACUAGAUGCCAAAAUAACCCCAGCAGCCCGUCUCCUGUUUGACUAACACGUUUAAAGUGAACAGAGGUGGGCCUCGACACUAACAGCCAGAGCUAUCGACAGUGGAAAACACUUCAGGCUCUGCUAAAUAAACUUUAUUGAUUUUAAAUGUCUUUUCUGUGGACUGGCAGGGAAUCCUAGAAUAAAUAAAAUGUAUAUUUCUCUCCUGUUUUUCUACGGCCUCUCUGGUUUGCUGUAAUCCUUAAUUACAUUAAACACGUUUAAUUUAUUAUCUUAAUCCGCCUGCAUAUUAUUACAGACCUAAACCUUUGAUUGUGCUUUUUUGUGCCUUGAAUUGUUGCAAUGUUAAAAGUAUUUCAUGACUCAUAUUCAUUUGAGUGUUAAUAUAAAUAAAACUGGUUUUGCAAUUAUCA